UGGAGAUUGUCUGUUGGCUCAAACCAAAGAAUUAUGCUGACCUUUACAUCAUUUGACCUUGAACCUGAAGGUCCAGCUGGCUGCAAGGAUGUUGUUGAAGUUUAUGAUGGAGACACCAAAGGAUCACAGAAAAUUGGUACGUUUUAUGUAUUCAGUGAAUAGAUUGAUUGUGUAAAUCAUUGUAAGAGGAGUUUAUACAGUGUUCUAACAGAGGCCCAGGAUGCAGGUCUUGUUUCACCAUUGUUGUGUUGAUGACAUUGAUAUUAGAUGGAAGCUGUUGUCAGUGACUGUGACACUUGCAAAAUAUAUGAGUGAAAAUAACUAUUUUAGGUGAUAAAUUGUGUUCUAUGCUAUAGAGAUAACUAGUUAUUAAAAAUUCUUAAAAGGAUUCUCUAGUGCCAGGGUUUGUUCAGGCUCCCCCCAUGCUACUCUCCAACUGACAUCCACCGGCGGGCGAGAUUAAAUGCACAUUUGCGGCAAUGGCCGCGUGCGUGCAUUAGACCUCCCCAUAGGAAAGCAUUAUUUAAUGCUUUCCUAUGGGGAUUCAGGCAACGCUGGAGGUCCUCAUGUAUAGCGUGAGAAUGUCCAGUUUUGUUUAGGCGUCCAAAAGUCAUCUAAGAACCUGGAAGUCCCUCUAGUGGCUGUCUCGUAGACAGCCACUAGAGGAGGACUUAGCCCUGCAAGGUAAUUAUUGCAGUUUAUAUAUAUGCAGGGUUAAGGGUGAUGGGAGUUGGCACAGACCACCUCAAUGGACCGAAGUGGUCUGGGUGCCUACAGUGUCCCUUUAAGUUAUUCAUAUAAGCAAAGGAAAGGUAGUUAAUGGCAAAAGUAAAAAAUAAAAUCCAUUUCCAUGUGCUUUCUUGAAACUAAGCAAUUACCUUAAUAUAGUUUGUGCAUUUGAUGUGUUAAAGGAACAUUCCAGGCAUCAUAAUUAGUAAAGGUGGCCAGGUGAUCAGGGCAUACCCCUGUAGCUUUAGUAGUUAUUGUGCUUGGGGUAUUUCUUCAGUAAAAAUAAUGAAUAAUACCAUUUUACAUACAUUGGAGCACUUUUCAGAUAUCUGAACUUCAUUACAAAAAAAAAGUUUUACUAUCAGUGCAUUAGAUUGAGGUUUAUUUACUGAAUCCAAAAUAGUGGAGAAUUGGCAGGGAAUUGCAAUUUUUAGAUCAAAAAUAAACAUGCUGAAAAAUAAAAUGAGCUAAAACUUUUUCUAAUGACUGGCAAGUUUAAUUCUAAUUCCCUAGUAGCAGCAGCUUUUUAUUUAAAUGAUAAUUAUCAAGAAAACUUUAGCAAUAAUAGAUCAACAUUGCAAUGGGUUGGCAAAUGCCUUAUCACAGAAUGCUAAAUAAAGCCUUCAAAUGUGGGACCAUGAACAUGUUUAGUGUUAAUUGAUUAAAAAUAAAUACUGUUGUAUUUGCAGGACACUUCUGUGGAAAUAAAAUUCCAUCACCUGUGUAUUCCACCGGAAAUAUAUUAAUGGUUCGGUUCAAGUCAGACAGCGAAGGCACUGGAAUGGGUUUUCAUGCCAAAUACAGCGCAUUUACUGGACAAGUUACUCCAACAACCACACCAACAACUACUCGAACAACUACACCAACAACCCAAACUCCUCCUUACAUUGGUUUGUAG